CACUCGCAUCACAACAAACGGUCUCACGAAGGGGAUGGGGGGUCCCUAACAACUGGUUUGUUAGAUAGAAUUCACGAGAGAGAGCGGCAUAUUUCUACAGACAGUAACCAUGGUGUCUUGGAUUAUCUCAAGGAUAGUGGUCCUCGCCUUCGGGACGCUCUACCCUGCCUACUCCUCCUACAAGGCUGUCAAGACGAAGAAUGUGAAGGAAUACGUGAAGUGGAUGAUGUACUGGAUCGUCUUUGCACUCUUCACUACAGCAGAGACGAUAACAGACCUGGUGAUGUCAUGGUUCCCCUUCUACUUCGAGCUGAAGAUUGCCUUCGUCAUCUGGCUGCUGUCCCCCUACACCAAGGGCUCCAGUGUGCUCUACCGCAAGUUUGUCCACCCCACCCUGUCCAACAAGGAGAAGGAGAUAGAUGAGUACAUCACCCAGGCGAAAGACAGGAGUUAUGAGACCAUGAUGAAGUUUGGGAAGAGGGGCCUGAACCUGGCUGCCAACGCAGCCGUCACGGCCGCGGCCAAGGGGCAGGGCGUGCUGUCAGACAAGCUGCGCAGUUUCAGCAUGCAGGACCUGACUCUGAUUGGCUCAGAGGACGAGCUGGGGCUGGGCAUGAGGAGAGACCCUCUGGAGGACCUUGGGUCUGGAGCGAGCACCCUGCCCCGCACCAAGACUACCUCACGUCAGACUCGCUCCUCCUCUGCGGCUCCGCUCCCCGAUGAGGCUUCGCAGCACAGCUCUGACCAAUCAGACACCAGGACGGAGCACUCUGACGAGGAUCUGCCGGAGAAGGCCCCCCGACGCACGGCCAGCGUCAAGACGACCAAGAAACCAGCUGCUGCUAAGACUGAGACUCAGACCAAGACGGUGAAGAAACAGCCCAAAAAGAAGAUUGUGGCGUCUGCAGGCCCCAGUGCAGAGUCACCCUGAGACCCCGCCUCCCUCCUCCUCGUCCCUCCUCCUCCUCCUCCUCCAGCCUCACAGGACCCCACCUGCCUCCACACGCUCGCUUACCCUCACACACCAGAUGAAAUCAAAGGUCAGGGGGUUUAGUCUAGAUCUAGUUAAGCCUGUCGUUGUGACAUCACCACCAUCCUUUUACCCAGCAUGCCUCUUGACUUUUACACUGUACAUGUAUCUGAAUUGAGUAUGUAGUCUUUUAACAAUAUGGGCGGGGGGGCAGCUGCACUUGUGUGUGAGAGGGCAAUUGGGCCAAUUAACUUCCCUUGGUCAGUCCAGAUAUCCAGAGUCUUGUUUGGGUGUUGAUCCUCAACAGUGUGAGCAGGUCACAUGCCUCUCUCUCUCUCUCU